UUUUCUCCCUACCAUCCACCUUUGUGUCCUUGUCCUCAUCUCCCCUUCUCCUCCAUAGGAUGCUGUCACAGGCGCACAGUGAGUGACUCAGCGGCAGCUCAUUGUUGGUGAGCUGCGGCAGAGCCACUCCACUACUCACUGUCACUCGAGGAACAUUGUUGAAUACUGAUCGAAAUUAAGCUUUCAUAGAUGGAUCAUAAGGCAUGGCUUUGGAGAAAGAAAUCAUCAGAGAGGGAGCUGGAGAAGGAGAAGGUUCUAUUGUUAGAGAAAUCCUUGCAAGAUUUAAAUGAACAACUUUCAUUUGCUCAUUCUGAGUGUGUUGAGAAGGAUGCUAUUUUAGCUAAACAGGCAAAAGUAGCUGAAGAAGCCAUAUUAGGUUGGGAAAAAGCGGAGGCUGAGGCACUACUUCUCAAGACACAACUUGAUGAUACACUGGAUGAUAAAACUGCAAUUGAGCAAAGGAUUUGCCAACUUGACGAGGCUUUAAAUGUUGCAAUGGUAGAGAGGGACUCGUUAAUAAAGGAAACAGCUCAAAUGAUUUCAUGUGAACAAGACAAAGUUCAGAAGCUGGAAGAAAGUUUAGUGGAAAAAAUAAACAUAAUUGCUAACUUAGAUGCCGAGAAUGACAAACUUUCUGAAAUUGUCAGUGUUAAAGAGAACAUGAUCUCAGAGCUAAUUGAAUCGAAGGGACUAACAGAAUCAAACCUCAAGGACCUUGCAAGGAAGCUAGAGUCAGCCGAAAGAACAAAUUCUUCACUUAGAUAUGAGGUUUGCAUGCUGCAGAAGCAACUUGAGAUUCGAAGCGAAGAGAGGAAAUUUAGUCUCAAAUCUGCUGAUGCUGCACACAAACAGCAUCUUGAGAAUGUAAAGAAGAUAACCAAACUUGAAUCAGAAUGCCAGAGACUGCGUUCAAUGGUACGCAAACGAUUACCAGGUCCUGCUGCCAUUGCAAAAAUGAGAAGUGAAGUUGAAACAGUGGGCAGUGAUACAACGACCACAAGGAUGAGAAAGUUAAAUUCAGCGGCAUCACAGAACUCAUGUGUUUCGGUACAGAACUCUCAUGAUGCAUUGCAUGGAAAUUCGCCGUUGCUUGCAAGGCUACAUGCAAUUGAAGAUGAAAAUAAGGCCAUAAAGGAAUCUCUUUCUAGAAAGGAUGGUGAACUUCAGUUUUCUCGGACUAUGCUUGCCCGCACAACUUCCAAACUUUCCCAAGUUGAAGCCCAGCUUGAAGAGUUAUCAAGAGGCCGGGCUGGUGCUGAAUUGGUUAAAGGUAGCCCUACAGUGGUGGAAAACCCUCUUUCAUCUAUCUCUGAGAAUGGCUGCAAUGAAGAUAAUGUUAGCUGUUCAGGCUCAUGGGCAUCAGCCUUGUUGUCUGAACUGGAACACUUCAAGAAGGGGAAGCCCACAGCACAUUCUAGUAAGAGCACAGCACUAUCAGACAUGAGUUUCAUGGAUGACUUUGCAGAAAUAGAAAAGUUAGCGUCGGGAUGUAAUGAUAAACCUCUGGAACCAUAUGUUUCAAAGAAAGAGGUCACAGAGUCAUCUGGAAAAGAGCUAGUUCCAGUUGAUGUCUCUGCUGGAACAACUGACCAAAUUCACCAACCUAAGAUUGAGAAGGCUGUCCUGAAGUUAAUUGAACUUAUUGAGGGAGUUAUCCAGAAAUCAUCAAAGGACUGUAGUAAGACAGUUGUGCUAUCUGGCGGAGAAGAGAAUAAUGGCCAAGAAAUGCUAUCAGGCUAUGUUGCCCGUGCUUUCUUGUGGAAUAUAUCAGAACUUACUUCUGUACUGCAAAACUUUGUCUUCGUGUGCAACGAGCUUCUGUAUGGGAGUACUGAUGUUGAAAGCUUUGUUCAUGACCUCCAACUCACAUUAGAUUGGAUAAUCAACCACUGCUUCUCACUUCGAGAUGUAUCAGACAUGAAGGAAGCUAUCAUGAAGCAUUUGGAAUUAAACAACAGUGAUGGACUUGAAAUUGUUGCGGUAACCGGGCACACAGGAAUCCAUACAUCAGAUGAACCUAGAACGGCGGAGAAUGCUCAGACAUCUAUAUUGUCUGACUCAUGCUGUAUAAAUAUGGGAUCUAAAGAUGAUGUUAGCACACAGAAGACAAGUAAUGAAGUGGCAGUCUCUAAAUUUCAGGGGAUAGAAGAAAAGGCUUCACAUUUGCGGGCAGAACUUAAUGAGUUGAAGGAAUCUGGAAAAAUAACAGCACAUGUUGAUGGUAAAUCGACAAUGAAUGAAUGUAGCACACGUGAAUCCAUCUUCACGUCUGGACUGAAUAAGGGCAAACAAGAGGGGAUUAGUUGUCCUGAAUCCAAGCAUCAACUUGAGUGUUGCUCUGCUAAAGAAGGCUCAAAAAAUGUUGCUGACAAUGAAGAGAAACAUCUGCAGAUGCAGCUGGAGAUCUCAACAGCAUCAGAGAAGUUGAUUGAGUGCAGGGAGACAAUCCUAAACCUGGGAAAACAGCUGAAGGCGCUGGCAUCUCCAAAGGACGCGAUCCUCUUCGACCAGGUGCUCCAGACCGCAGCUCGGUCUGAGCGAAAACCCCGAUCGCAAUCACUAAGCGAGAUGCUAUCUAUGGAGGAUGGCGGAUUCUAUGUCCCAAGCUCCCCGAAAACCAAGGAGAUCAUCUGCACUGAACCAAGGGCUUCAACUGAAAGAAACCUCUCUGCCGACGAGGGAGAUGAUGGUUCCGCCGCAGCAUGCAGUUCCUCGCACCCUAUGCCAGUGGCACAGCCCGUAAAACAGGCUUGCAGGGUGAACGGAACCUGCAAGGGCGAAGCUGAUGUGAAGGUGGUAACACUUGCCGUUGUCCCGAGGAAGCAGAAGGGGAACGGCAGCUUGCUGAAGAGGAUCAUGACGGGGAGGAGGAAGGAGGCCAAUGCCAUGGCCAAGCCACAGGUGGUGCUGAGUUCUUAGCUGACAGAGAAGGAUGGGAGCCUCGGACAUGGCGAGUCUUUGUUUCAGGUGUAAAUUAAGUGUGUGCGUUUGUGUGUGGAUCGGAGCCGUGUUCAGGUGAGGUUAGUAAUAAAGGUGCACUGUGUUGUGUAUAGGCUGUAUGGAUUAGUAUGGUAUGUGACGUAGUGCUACUCAUCGUGACCCUGAAGGCGGUUUACCUGCUUGUGUGUUCUGGGAAGGUUGUUGUACCUGCGUUGAACUUUGAUAAUGGCUAGUGGUUUAUCUGCAUGUGUUUGUGUGCUUCCUCUGUGAUAAAAGAACCUUGUUCUGAAAGACAA